GGCUGAUUGACAGUUUCACCGCGAGCUGAUUUGCGCGUCCGCGCGCUCCGGUUCUUUUUCGCCUUAGCAAGGAAAAAAAAAAAAAAACCGUCACGAGCCAAGGACCGAUCCGCGCGCGCCAAUGUAGCACCGAAAUCGCUCGAGCUGCCGUCGGUCGUGUGGAAGCAGAGAAGAAACCGGGGGACUGCAGCCAUCAUCCGGGGAACAGAGAGAGAGAGGGAGAGAGAGAGAGACAGAGAGAGAGAGAGAGAGAAUCUGAUGUGCUGCUGCUGAGUCUGAGGAAUUUCGGAAUUUCUCCAGCUCCACAUGCAGUUUCCGACAUUUGACUUUAAUUGUGCAGUUUUUUAGCGACAGUAAAAAGGACGGAAUCAUGAUGGCGAGCGACUCUCCGGCCCGGAGCCUGGAUGAGAUCGACCUGUCGGCUCUGCGGGACCCUGCGGGAAUCUUCGAGCUGGUGGAGCUUGUGGGAAACGGAACAUACGGCCAAGUGUACAAGGGCCGCCAUGUCAAGACAGGCCAGCUUGCUGCAAUCAAGGUCAUGGACGUCACAGGGGAUGAGGAGGAGGAAAUCAAAGCGGAGAUUAACAUGCUGAAAAAGUACUCGCACCAUCGCAACAUCGCCACGUACUACGGAGCCUUUGUCAAGAAGAACCCACCGGGCGUCGACGACCAGCUGUGGCUGGUGAUGGAGUUCUGUGGUGCCGGCUCAGUCACAGACCUGAUAAAGAACACUAAAGGAAACUCGCUGAAGGAGGAGUGGACGGCUUACAUCUGCAGAGAAAUCCUCCGAGGUCUGACUCAUCUUCACCAGCACAAAGUCAUCCACCGUGACAUUAAAGGCCAGAACGUCCUGCUGACUGAGAACGCUGAGGUCAAACUGGUGGACUUUGGUGUGAGUGCACAGUUGGACCGCACCGUGGGCAGGAGGAACACGUUUAUCGGCACGCCGUAUUGGAUGGCUCCUGAGGUCAUCGCCUGUGAUGAGAAUCCAGACGCCACGUACGACUUCAAGAGUGAUUUGUGGUCUUUAGGAAUUACAGCUAUCGAGAUGGCAGAAGGAGCGCCACCUCUGUGUGACAUGCACCCGAUGCGAGCACUCUUCCUCAUUCCCAGAAAUCCGGCUCCCCGACUCAAGUCGAAGAAGUGGACGAAGAAGUUCCAGUCGUUUAUUGACAGCUGCCUGGUGAAGAACCACACGCAGAGGCCCAGCACGGAGCAGCUGCUUAAACAUCCCUUCAUCCGAGACCUGCCUAAUGAGCGACAGGUCCGCAUCCAGCUCAAAGACCACAUCGACCGCACCAAGAAGAAGAGAGGAGAGCGAGAUGAGACGGAGUACGAGUACAGCGGCAGCGAGGAGGAGGAGGAGGAGCGCGACAUCGGAGAACCCAGCUCCAUCAUCAACAUCCCGGGCGAGUCCACUCUGAGGCGGGACUUCCUGCGUCUGCAGCUGGCCAAUAAGGAGCGCUCCGAGGCCCUGCGCCGACAACAGCUGGAACAGCAGCAGAACGACGAGCACAAGCGCCAACUCCUGGCCGAGAGACAGAAGCGCAUCGAGGAGCAGAAGGAGCAGAGGAGGAGGCUGGAGGAGCAACAGCGUCGGGAGAGAGAGCUCCGCAAACAGCAGGAGAGAGAGCAGCGGAGACGCUAUGAGGAGAUGGAGCAGCUACGGAGAGAGGAGGAGAGGAGGCAUGCCGAGAGGGAGCAGGAGUACAUCCGCCGUCAGCUGGAGGAGGAACAGAGGCAGCUGGAGAUUUUACAGCAGCAGCUUCUACAGGAACAGGCUCUCCUUCUGGAGUAUAAGCGGAAGCAGCUGGAGGAGCAGAGGCAGGCGGAGAGGCUUCAGAGACAGCUCCAGCAGGAGAGAGCUUACCUGGUUUCUCUCCAACAGCAGCAGCAGCAGGAACCUCGACCUGCCGAGAAGAAGCAGCUCUAUCACUACAAGGACUCGGUCAACCCCAGCGACAAACCCGCCUGGGCCAAAGAGGUCAUGAGACGAGCCCAAAGUAACUCCCCUCGUCUGCCUACAAAGAACCAGUACCAUGAGGAGGCGCGGCUUUCGCACCUCCUCCUCCUCCCUGACCACGCCUCCAGCAACCUCCCUGCCCGCCCCCCGUCCUACCCAGCCGCCGCCCCCUCCCACGCCCAGAGAGAGAGGGCCGAGAUUCAGCUCAGGCAGCUGGGCACCAGCGCCAACAUUCCCAAGAUCCGGGUGUCCUGUGAGCCAGAUCCGGCUCAAAUCAGCCAGCCGAUUCCAGGGCAGGGCCAGGAGAACCGUGGGCGGAGCCCCGGACGAUCCGGAGCGUGGGACAGUGAGGUGGAGGAGCGUUCCAAACUAAACCGACAGAGUUCUCCAGCUCUGCAGCACAAAGUGGCCAAUCGAAUCUCUGACCCGUCGCUGCCUCCGCGCUCCGAGUCCUUCAGCAGCGGUGGCAUCCAGCAGGCUCGGACUCCGCCCAUGCACCGCUCCGUCGAGCCCCAGAUGGCUCACUUGGUCUCGGUGAAGUCUCACGGUUCCUCGAUGACGGGCUCGCAGUCUCUGCAUGAUCAGUCUUCCCAGGGCGUCUCAGCUUUCCAGGAGAGUCUGUCGCCCCACCGGCCCCCGAUGCCCCGGCAGAACUCGGACCCCACCUCAGAGACUCCCAUGCCUCCACCUCGCAUCACGAGCCGCGAUGACAAGUUCGACCGCAGCUCCUGGCUGAGACAGGAAGAGGAAGUUCCACCCAAAGUUCCUCAGAGGACGACCUCUAUAUCUCCUGCUCUGGUUAGAAAGAACUCACCUGGGAAUGGACCUGGAGGUCUGGGACCGAGGCCGGGUUCUCACCUCAUCCGAGCCAGCAACCCAGACCUGCGGGUUUCCAUGGAGCCCGGACUCCCGAGGACGAGCAGCGGCAGCUCCUCCAGCUCCAGCACUCCGAGCUCUCAGGGCGGCUCCAGCGAGAGGAACCGGGUGGGAGGAUCUGGAAAACCUGAGAGUUCUCCGGCCGUUUCCCAGGAGACCAAACACAAAAGCCAGGAGGAGAGCAGGGAGGUGACGAGACCCAGCCGACCUGCUGAUCUCACUGCUCUGGCCAAAGAACUCCGGGAGUUGCGCUCUAACGAGGAGACAAACCGGCCGCCCGUCAAAGUGACCGAUUACUCAUCGUCCAGUGAGGAGUCAGAAAGCAGCGAAGAGGAGGAAGGAGAGGGCGGAGCUCACGAUGGAACAGUGCCAGUCAGUGACAUCCCUCGCAUCAUGCCGUCAGCCGGUCAGGGUGGGAAUGAGCCGUUCGGAGCACUGGUAGGUCCAGAGGAUUCCCAUGACGAGUCUUACGGCAACAACUCUAAAGACAGCACCCUGAUGAUGAGAGAGAUGUUUGGGGAAAGAAAGCGCUCGGGUCAUGCCGAGAGCAACGGUUUCCCUGGUAACGCCAAUCUUCCUGAUCUAGUGCAGCAAAGCCACUCCCCCUUGGCCACGCCCAGCGAAGGCCCAGGGCGCCACUCCAGUCUGCUUGGGCAGGACCUGGACUCUGUGGCUGAAUACGGGAGCGGCUCUAAAGCCUCCUUCACCCCGUUCGUGGAUCCGCGAGUGUACCAGACUUCACCAACUGAAGAAAACAGUGAGAACCCAGCAGCAGCUCUCUCGGUUGAUGAGCUGCUGAGGCACGAGCAGGAACAGGAACAAGCUCGGCUCAAUGAGGCUCGGAAGAUCUCCGUCGUCAACGUCAAUCCCACCAACAUCCGGCCGCACAGCGACACGCCUGAGAUCCGCAAAUACAAGAAACGCUUUAACUCCGAGAUCCUGUGUGCUGCUCUGUGGGGCGUGAACCUGUUGGUCGGGACUGAAAAUGGACUGAUGUUGUUGGACCGCAGCGGUCAGGGGAAAGUGUACAACCUCAUCAACCGCCGGCGCUUUCAGCAGAUGGACGUGCUGGAGGGCCUCAACGUUCUCGUCACCAUCUCCGGCAAAAAGAACAAGUUGAGGGUUUACUACCUGUCAUGGCUCAGGAACCGGAUCCUCCACAAUGACCCUGAGGUGGAGAAGAAGCAGGGCUGGACCACCGUGGGCGAUCUGGAGGGCUGCGUUCAUUACAAAGUCGUGAAAUAUGAGAGGAUCAAGUUCUUGGUGAUUGCCUUGAAGAAUUCGGUGGAGAUUUACGCCUGGGCUCCGAAACCGUAUCACAAAUUCAUGGCUUUCAAGUCCUUCACCGAUCUGCAGCACAAGCCUCAGCUGGUAGAUCUGACCGUAGAGGAAGGUCAGAGGUUAAAGGUCAUCUACGGCUCCAGCGUUGGGUUUCAUGUCAUAGAUGUCGACUCGGGGAACCCGUAUGAUAUCUACAUCCCAUCGCACAUUCAGGGCAGUGUCACCCCUCACGCCAUUGUGGUGCUCCCCAAGACCGACGGGAUGGAGAUGCUUCUGUGUUAUGAAGAUGAGGGAGUCUAUGUGAACACAUACGGCAGAAUCACUAAAGACGUGGUGCUACAAUGGGGAGAGAUGCCCACCUCUGUUGCCUACAUCCACUCCAACCAGAUCAUGGGAUGGGGAGAGAAAGCCAUUGAGAUCCGUUCCGUGGAGACGGGACACCUCGACGGAGUUUUCAUGCACAAGCGAGCUCAGCGACUGAAGUUCCUGUCUGAGAGAAACGACAAGGUCUUCUUUGCCUCCGUCCGAUCAGGAGGCAGUAGCCAAGUUUUCUUCAUGACCUUGAACAGAAAUUCCAUGAUGAACUGGUAAACCCCGCCCACACACCUGCCCCCCCACACCCCCACGGGCCCCACCGCACGCCCCCCCUAAGGUGUCUCUGUGGACGUAUUCUGUUUUUCUAAAAUGAUGGGGUGGGAGGGAACGAGAAGAACCCACAGUGUGUGGAACCGCAGGGCCGCUUUUGAGAGUAAAUACUUUUAGAAAAUAAAUAAAUAAAAUAAAAUAAAGGCCGGGAGCCGCUCCAGAGAGCCGAAGUUCAUCUCACAUCCACACGAAGCUCCGACCGCCGAGAGAAGAACAACCACCUCCUGUACCCAGAAUUCCUUACGGCUCUUACCUGUGGGGUUCUCGUUUUUAUCUGACUAACGGAUUUUUGGAGGAGAGCAGAGACGGACAGAACUGCUAACUGAGACGGCCGAAAAUCAAGAAAAUACAUGAUAUUGUAACUGUUUAGACACUUUCAACACAAUAAUUUAUUGCUGUUGGUUGGACAAAACAAUUCUGUGGAGAGGUCUGUGUGUGUGUGUGUGUGUGUGUGUGUGUGUCUUUCAUGAAUUUAUUUGAUCACUUUAUGUUACUGCAUUUCAUCACACUGUAACUGUACAAAGGUUUAUGUAUUGUUUGUAUGUUCUUAGUGUAUUUCUGUGUGUGUGUGUGUGUGUGUGUCUCCGCAUUAUCCGUCAAUACGAAAAACAUCACACAAUAGUUAAGACAAGUCCGGAUGUGUGGAUGUUUUAUACAGUACGUUACAGCAGAAUUUUGGGAAAUCAUUCUGGAAGAUAAAGCUCCGUUUCUCAUAAUUUCAUAACGAUCCCUCUGAUGGAUUUUAGCUUUUUGGAUGUCGUUGCUUAAGUGCAAUAAAGACCAUGAGAUAUCGUUUCGGUGUGUGGGUGGACGGGGUUUUAGCUCAAACCUGAACAGCGUUCCGCCAGUCUGAAGCUGUGACUUUCAGAGCUGUGUUAGAGGUGUAUUUGAGGUUUUUUUUUAAAUAAUCCUUUAAUAAAAUUGGUCACGCAACGCAGAUGUGAUUUGUUUUUUUCUCAGAUUGCGUGACAACAAAGGAAUGAGUUUGGUGCAUUGAGCUUCCUCUAAACCUACCUCAUUUCUUUCCUCCAGUCAUUCGAUCACAAGUUUAUAUUCACUCAUGACGUCACGUAAUUAUUAAUAAAAUAAUAAUUCAGACAGGGCUUGAAUUAAAAGGCACAGGAAUCUCAAUUCAAUACAGUUUUUAUUAUAAAUUUAUUCUUUAUUCAUCAUGAUUUUUGCUUUUUUGUGAUUUUUUUUUAAAGUGUGCACUGUUGCUAGUUUUAAUAUAAAAAUAACGCGUUUCAGUUUGAGCUGUGAGGAUGAAUUUCACUGUUCAAAUGCGACUCGAAUGUUUAUAAUAUUUACACAUUCAGAAGCAAAAAAAAAAACAAAACAAAUGAAAGUUUAAAACCCGUAACAAAAAAAUGAUGCAUUUUAUUACAAUGUUUUGUGCAUAAAUGCUGAAUAAUUUCUUGAGCAUCUUGGUGCAUAAAAGAAAGCGAUUCUUUUUGCUUCAUCUCAAAUAUUGAAAAUAAAGAUCAAUAAAUACAGUAAAGUUGAAGAUCAAAGGCUUUAUAUAUUUUAACAAUACACGUGAAACUUGGAUUCUCUUAAAUUUGUGCAGCAUCAUAAAAAUCCACUUGCAAUCACAUUUUAAGAUUUAAGAGUCAAAAAAAAAAAAAAACGGUUAAUUGUGGAAUUAGACGACCCUUUUAACUAUAGCAGAGUAAAAACCAGUGCCAAAAGUAUAAAAAGUAUAAAAAGUAAGCAUUAGUUGUUUACUGCAAAGUUGAAACAAGGGCUUUAAAGCAUGAAACAAUGUAAAAAAUUUAAUAUUUAUUAUUAGUUGCUUUUGGUAUCAGAGUGAUGUUCACAUUUUCUCACAGAAAAUAUAUUAGUUUCCAGUGACAGAACGCAAACUGGGUAUGAAUUCAGACAAAAAAUCUACUGAGAAUUAUCGAGUUGUUGGUGCCGUGACCCGGGUGUGAAAACUGUCAACAGGAGGAAAAGAGAAAGAAGUGCAAAAGGUCAAAUAGAAUCAGGAGGAAAAGCUGCAGCGAGCGUGAAAAAGUGUGUAAAAGUGUGAAGAAACUGAUUAGAGGGCAAUUUUAUUUUCAGGUCCAGUUACAGGCGCUAUCUGGAGCAGAAUAUUACACCUACACAACCCGUUAUAUUUCAUAAAUAAACCAUAAAUGUGUGUGUGUGUGUGUGUGUGUGUGUGUUUCUGCAUGUCUGUACCUGUACAUUUGGGAUUUCACCUUCAGUUUUACUUUCACAUGAACAUAAAACUGUGAUCUGACAUUAAAACGUCUCAUUUUUUAUUAUUCAUAGAAGUUCAUGUUUCACUUUUUCAUCUCACUUUUGUCUUAAUUUUAAUUUAAUUAAUCGCUUUCAUCACUAAGUCCAUCGCUUGAUAUCGAGUUUCUCGCUAGCUUGUUAAAUUUGACACCAAUUUAUGUGAAAUUACUCCGAUUUCUUAUUCGGUUAUUUAACGGCUGAAGCAGAGCUAAAAUAUGUCACGUCCAUUUAGAUUAAUAUAUAUAUAUAUAUAUUUUUAAAUAUGCGUUUUAGUGAUUUAUUCUUAAUUUUUGAGUAAAUUGAAGCUGCUAUUUAACUAUUUGGCUCUGAAAUCAGGCAAAAAAAAAAAUCCUGUAAAAAUACAGAAUAAAAGUUGAUUAGCAGUAUAAUAAAUUACACUGGCGUAUAAUUCUGUAAAUGCAAUUACAAUAAAAUGAUGAAUUUUAACAAUUAUUUAUAAUUAUUUAUAAUCUUCCAAACCUGACUCCAAGCAAUUUUCCAUUUUUAUAAAUUAUUUAAUGACAUUUCAGCAAACAUGCUUAAUGCCGUUAUGGAAACUAAAAAUGUACAAACAUGUAUAGUGAAAUAUCACAUUAAUGAAAUAAAUAUUAAAUAUACAUACAGCCUGGACUUCGAAUUUAUAUGCAAACAAUAUUAUAAUAAAAUUUCUUAAUGUAAAUUUUAUUGCAAUUCUAUUUACAGAAUUACAGGCUACUGUUAUUUCUACUGUGAUGACUUUUUCCUUGCAAGUUUUCAAUAUUUUACUUUUAUUUUAGUUUAUUCACUUCACAGUACUUUUUUUUUUAAUGAUAAUUUGUUCAAUGCUUCCAAAACAUGAACGUUACUAUAAAAUGUUUUAAAAAUAACACUUUUGAAAACCCAGAAUUAGAUCUGAGGUCUGAUCUCGUCUAAUGUGCGUUAAAUUUCGAGUCUGCUGACUUUUAUUAUUUUAAUGUAAAGCAACUUUUUGGUUAUUUUAACGUAAAAUGUCAAUCCCUGAUUCUUUAUAGAAUAAUUAUCUAACAGAGACCCCGUGUGUGUGUGUGUGUGUGUGUGUGUGUGUGUGUGUGUGUGUGUGUGUGUGUGUGAAACUCCACAUCAGACUCGCUUGACAUUGUUAUUCUGAUCGGAUUUAUUUAUCGGUUUGUACAGUACACUUCUGUUUGUCAUUGUGUUUGGAAGCGACAGUGUUAUUACUGAUUCUUUUGCGAAGGGAUUUUUUUCUCUAGCUGUAUUUUGGAUUAGCUCGUUGGUCUGAAAGUGCUGAAAUCUAUAUUAGAAUGUCAGAGAUGUUUAAUAUCAGUGCUUUAUGUAAUAUCACUUGAUCCUCUUUCUCAUUUUAUCCCGGUACUGUUUAACGCUUUUUUCCUUUUUCUUUAUAAAUUCACUGCUGAAUUAUAGCCAGAAUGAUGUAUUGAUACUUCUUUUGUAUGGUGACAUUUUCCUUUUCCUGGUUUGUUUUUUGGGGAAAAGCGCUCGUCAUGUUUAUAUCUGAUGGAAAGCCUGAAAGGAAACAAUGCCGAUGUAAAUGAAACGUAAACCUGACACUCGGUCGUGUUAGGACAAAGCUAGGAUUAUUAGCAAUAAAGUGUAUCAAGGAGUUUUGUUAAAAUAUUUUUUCUGGUAUUUAAUUUCUGUCUGAAUUUGGUAGAAAAAAUAUUCAAAAUGUUGAAAAUGUUGAAAUGUCCAGAAUUUGGGAUGCAGGAUGUCGGGUUCUGAGUGAUGCAGAUUAUACACCGAUAUAUUCACCGUUUGUUCCCAUGUAACAUAAAGCAUUAGAACUUUGCUGUUUUUUAAUAAAUCGAUGUAUCAAAUGACA